AACAAAACGGAGCUGAGAGAUUAUACAGCGUUGUCAACCUACGUUUUGUCAAUGUUAUCAUUGGCGGUGUUUUUUCGUCUGAUAAUUUCAAUCCGCAACAAUGGUAUCUCUUUUUAGGACAUAAUCAGAGUUGUCGAUAGGCCAAACUCCAUUAAGGCCAUACAUCAAUGUUAAUAGUAGGUGCUAAUUACAUACCUGGUAGGCCUAGUCACUUCCAAAAUCGUAGGCCCAGGCCUCCUUAAUUGAACAAUACGCAGAGGGAUUUGAUACAUCACUGACAGUGUGAGUGCUGGAGGAAUAUCGACUGUCUGUACUCGACUUACGACUAAACGUAGGCCUACACUUUAUUCAUAAAAUCAUGAAUUCGAAUGGAUAUGUCAAUGACAAUGGCAUUAUCGGAACUAUCAAGUUAUUACAUGAAGAAGAAGAACGGACAAAUACGGGGGAUGUUUACGUUUUAGGAGUUGAUUUUGGUACAACAACUGUUCGCUGUCAAGUUUUCGAUAGACAUUCAAAUAUCGUUGGCAGUGCCAGACAGAAAGUUCAGCUACAUUGUCCUCAAGAUCACACUAUUGAGCUUAUUCCAGACACUGUAUGGGCACAGUUUACCACUGUUGUAAAACAAGCAAUAUCAGAUGCUAACAUUUCGGUGAAGAAUGUUGCAUGUAUGGGGAUAUCCGUGCAAAGAGCUACGAUCACUCUUUGGGACAGGCACACUGGUACACACUACUGUAACUUUAUAUCAUGGAAUGACACAAGAGCUGAACCAUAUGCAAAUGUCAUCAACCAAUCACUGUCUUUCAAAGGCCUUGGCACUGGAGCAAAAUUACUUCAUAUUUUAACACGACAGAAAAGAUGGGAGGCAGCUAGUGCGUUCCACUUUCAAUCACAACAUGCAAUCUUACGACUAGCAUGGCUUCUAAACAACAACCAGGAGAUGAAGAGUGAAGCUAAAGCAGGAAAUGUGUUAUUUGGCACAUUAGAAACCUGGCUGGUGUGGAAACUCACUGGAGGGAAAGUGCAUGCAACAGAACCAUCCAAUAUUUGUGCAACAGUCUUGUAUGAUGUAUUCAAGAGAGAUUGGAAUAAUAUUCACAUCAAUUACUUUGGGAUUCCACACUCAAUUCUACCUGAGUUAAAGGACACUAGUGAUGAUUUUGGAGUUUGUGAAGAAGAGAUCUUUGGAGGCCCAAUCCCAAUUCAUGCUUGUGUUGGUGACCAACAGGCAGCUAUGUUUGGUCAGUGUUGCUUCGAUGAAGGUGACAUCAAGGUUACUAUGGGAACAGGAACGUUUAUAAAUUUGACUACAGGGGCCUACCCGUGUGUACCGACUCUUGGAACGUAUCCAAUGGUUGGCUGGAAGAUUGGCUCCGAGGUGUCUUACACGAUGGAGGCGAUGGACUCGGAUUCAGGAACUGUGUUGACUUGGCUUGAGAGUGCAGGUUUUAUUUCAAAACCGGAAGAUUCACAAGCUGCUGCUACAAGAGUAAAGAGUAGUAAUGGAUUGUGUUUCAUCCCAGCAUUUAGUGGAUUACAGUCUGGCAUCAAUGAUAACACAGCUUGCUGUUGCUUAAUAAACAUAACGCCCGCCAUUAAGCAGGAACACAUUGUGCGUGCAGCGUUGGAAUCGUUAGCCUUCAGGGUCGUUCAGAUCUUCAACACGUUGGAGAAUAAAACCAACAUCAAAAUUAGUGACACCGUAAAGUUUGAUGGCGGUGUUAGCAACAGUGAUUUUGUGCUACAGUUGGUCUCAAGCUUGUUAAACAAGAAAGUGGAUCGGCCCGACAAUCUGGACAUGUCCUGCCUUGGUGCAGCUUUUCUUGCAGGCUUAAAAGCAGGUGUUUGGAAGAGCAAAGAAGAGUUGAAAGCAGUGCGAAAAACAAAGAACGUAUUCAAACCAAAAGCAGAUGUACAAAAUGACUACAAGCCAACUUUUAAACAAUGGGCCAAGGCAGCUAGAAGGUCGAUGAACUGGAACAUAUAAAGUAACAGAUGGUGUACGAACAAAGACCUCAAUGCAGGCAAAUAAAAUAAAAUAUAUAUAUAUAUUAAUUUAAAAGAUGUAAGCUAUGGCAGGAGAAUCUCCAUUGAAACCUAGAGGUCAAAUCAUAAAAGUUCAUCAUUUCAAAGCUCAGAAUAAUUAACAUAAAUUAUUAAAAACUGUACUUCAUAUGUAUAUCUUGCUGUAAUAUAAUCUAUGCAAAAGUUUUGAUGUCUAGUACAAUAUAAUCAUAGUGAUGCUUGAAGUAUAAAUCUAAACAUUUUGAUGGUUAUUUUUAGAGCUAUAUAUAGCUGCAAAAAACAUAUUACCACCAAUCACAGGGGCGGAUCCAGAGAUGUCCAAAAGGGGGGGGGGGCCCGAAAGUUGGGCCGAUUGAGGCAACACUGCCCUAGCGGGUCCGGGGCAUUUCCCCCGAAAUUUUUGUGUUCUGAAGCCCGAAAAUAACAUUUGAGGCGUUCUGGGCUAUCAUUUUUUUCUGUUUUCUUUUUUUUUUUUACCUCCCAAGGGGGAUUUGGGGGGG